GUGGAUCCACUGGACGCAGGCACCGACAACGGGUUCACGUUCACCGCCCCCAACUGGCCGACGGCGCCGCAGGGGGUGGCCUACCGCAUCACCUCCAAGUACCCCUCGCACCCCGCUGGAUCCUUCUUCUACCCCCAUCUGAGGAGACUACCGCCGAUCGCCACCUUUCAGUUUAUCAAGCUCCGCGAAUACGAGCUCUCCGAAGUAUUUCACCGCGACAGCGACGACCGACGAUACGACGUGCUGCAGAUCGACAAGAUGGCGCACAACCGCGUCGACCUGCCCGACGGCAACCGCGCGCUCUCCGUCGCCGACGAGGUGGAGCGCGCCGAGGCGCCGCGGAUCUACUCCGACGGCUCCUUGACUACGCCCGACAGUGGCUACUCUUACUAUUCCAUUGUACCGACCAGCACCAACAACACACCAAGCACGACCGAAGAGCCCCGCUCAGCGAACGAGUUGCCGACGUCAGGCCCCACCGCCAGCGAGCGGUCCGCGCUGAGGAGUCUCGCGCGCAGGUACCGCGCGCGGAGACGACGCAAGCUGCGCGGAGACAACACCGACCCGGCCCAGCGGAGAAAGCGGAAAAGAACGAGACUGCUGGACUGCCGCGUAUCGGAAUGGGGCGAAUGGAGCCCGUGUCGGAACGACGGCGGCUGCGUCGGGUCAGCCAUGCGCACGCGCCGGAUCAUCCGCCGCCAGCGCCCCGGGGGCACCCCCUGCCCGCCCACGGCGCAGUCGCGGUGGUGCGCCACCAACUGCACCGCGCCAGCGCUGCGCGACGACUGGCGAAAUAACCUCACGUAAUCCCUAUUUAUAAACUUAUAAGGCUUAGUUUACACUGGACAAUAACAAGACAAAGCAAGACUUAUGUCUUCAUCAUCAUCACUUGGUGCCAUAGCAUAACGAUGUUUGGUGGUCAGUAUGCGCAAACAUUUCUCGUCUUCCACAAUGCGUUUCUGCUGUGGGUAGUCGAGUCUGAUCCAGUCUCUAAUGUCGUCCAACAAUAUUUUCUUUGACGACUGUCUUACUACAUAAAAAUCUUAUUAACAAGGCAACUGAAAUGGCGUGUCCACACAACUAUAUAGACCUGUGCCGCCUAUGGAUAUAAAGUAUUUAGCGCUGUAAGACUUACAUUUAUUUAGCACAGCACACAAAAGGUUUUCGAUAAGUUGAAGGCGAAUAAAGUUUUCUUUAGUUUUGGAGUUGCUAAAUAUAGAUCUCUAGUAUUUUUCGCCCAUGAUGAAAAUUUAAUAUACAAUACAAAAAAAAUUGAUGUCAAAAUGUCAAAUAAAAAAAUUCUAUAAUUUUAAUUUUUGAGUUGUUUUUUAUAUCACCCUUUGUAUUCUAGAUCAAACAAAAUAUAAAUAGUCAGCAUUUAUUUUUAUACAUAGAAGCUCCUUUUUUCCCUUAAACAUUUUUUUUCUUGUUUUGUUUUGUAUUGUCCAUGUGUGAACGCAUCUUUAAACAUGAUUCCAUUUUUGAAAUUACAUUUGUCUGUUUUAAUGGCCAAUAUUUUACCACAUUAUUUAUAUUCUAUCUCUAUCGUUGGCAUCUCUGUCCGUCCAAUCAAAUUUUGAUUUCGAUUCCAAUUGUUUUUUCUUUGUAUUCUCAUUCUGAUGAUUCUUGAAUGUAAAUUCGUGGUGUGUAUAAAAAUAUUGGAUAAAAUUUCUGUAUAAAAUAAUUUAUUAAGAGAUGACUGUUGGUGAUUUUCCAGCGCCUCUGUCCAACGUCGCUUUUUAGAAACACAUUCGUAAUUUUUCUCGCACAAUUCAAUAACCAAGAGAUGACGUCACUUUAAACAUCGAAAAUUGUCAGUUUGAAAAAUUACAAGAUAUUGUGAAUCUUGAGCUUAUUCAAACACAGAAUUCAGUGACAAUUUAGAUCAUUAGCUACAUCCAAGCGUACACUAAGCGUACACCAAGCGUACACUAAACGUACACCAACCGUACACCAAGCGUACACCGAGCGUACAGUGACGAUGCGUCUACAAAGCGACGUUACUUGUGGACAGAGGCCCUAAAUAGUAGACUUCGAUUGUUUGCUGCUGUAUCUAAUGAAUGCUUUUUCAAUAAAUAAUUUUUCGUAUCUGUUUGUCAAUUAUUGCUAAAAAUAAAUGUUAUAUGCUAAAAUAUAAACUAAGUGGACUAUUUCGAUAUCCUAUACCGCGGAUAGAGUAUAAAAACUAUAUUGUAUUUAACCUAACUUAUGCUUACAACUAAAGUGAAGUUAAAGGUAAAUGUAGGUAUUAAAAUAGCCGCAUUUAAAUAAAACCUAUAGAUUUUUCUAGAAGUACCUAGAAAAAUCUUUUAGGUUUUAAAAUAUUCCCCACUUUACAUGUAGGGUAGGUACCAUAAGAGAUCCGUAUAAUAAGGUAUGAUGACUAUGGAACUCUAAAAAAUGUGUAGAUGAGUCACAUGUUAUUUAUAAAUACCUACAUAAUAAUAUUAUAUCCUUUUUCUAAUUUUUAAUUUAAUUAUUAUAAUUCUCACAAAUAGUUUCUCAAAAACUAAUAAUAAUUUAAAAAUUGCUGUUUUUACUCCAAAAAUUCUAUGUUCAUAAAUCGGUAUAUUCGUAGAAAUGAUAAUAAAUUAUGACUUCCGCGGUAUCGGCUGUCGAACGAUAAAAUAUGGGAUGUGAAAUGUGUUCGCAUCUCGGAAUUAUCAAUUUGUAAUUUUAUAAUAAUAAUUACCGUUAUGUUACCCGAAAUGUAUUACGAAUUGUAUUAAAUAUUUAUAAUAAUGAUAAUUUGAUAAUGAUAAUUUAAUUAUAUUUAUCAAAUCUUUUGAAUUUGUAAGAUUUACGAGUUUUGUUUAUCGAUUACAACUUUUUCAAUCGAUUUUUAAUAAUAAAUAACAUUUUUUCUUGAAAUUUUUAUUGCGCAAUUAUUUGCGACUUUUUUUUAAGUCGAUUAAGUACGACUUUUUAAUCGAUAUUGAUUUUUUGUGUACGUUUGUGAAAUAAGGGCUUUCACAGACUAUGUGACUGCAUUAGUCUUGAUUUAGAUAGAGUUGCGAGAUUUGUCGAGUAAAAAUUAAUUCGUACAUUAAUCAUUAUUUAUUACCAUUAUAUUAGUUCAUAGUAAAUAAUUUUUCGUAUUAGUCAUUGGAGACUUCAAGAGCCACCUCAUCUGCCUUCUUUGUGUAAAUGCCGUUUUAAAUAGCGGCUCAUAUUGUAAUUUUAACCUACUGAUCUCAGGAGAUAUACCUUGAUAUACAAAUAUAAUGAGGGUACGAACUAAGGGAUAUUCUUUGGAAUUUAGAAAUAUCUAGAAGAAGCUUUGUAUGAUUUACGAAAUGGCCGCAAGUCUUAUCUCCUAAUUUCAGUAUUAAAUAAUACUCAACAAUAGUCCCGAGUGUUGUUAGUCAAUUAGUAAAGUAUCUCACAGUUAAAAAUACAUAUCGCUUAAGUCUUCAAGUUUGUAACAGUAAGGGGCUCAUUUAUAGGGUGUCUCGUUGAUGAAAAAAAGAAAAUACGCCAAAUGAUACGUGAUAUUGUUAGUUACUCGUAACAUCACUUUCUCCAUAAAUGAGCCCCAAAUCAGUAUAAAGUAGCGUUGUUCUAGGGCGUUAAGACUCCAAAGAUGCAGCUUUUAUUUUUAAUACUUGUAAGUGUAAAAAUUGCUGUAGCUCGUAAGUAUGUAUUAGAAUAAGUGAAUGUAAUAUCAAAGCCUUCUGUGACAUAAUAAUUUUUAUUUAAAAUUAAAUUAAAGCGAAAUAAAAGUGUUUUGACAAGUCGUCACUGAACCUUUUUUUAGUUAAGAGACAUAAUUUUAAAAACAGCCUGUCUAAAUGUUUAGAUUGUUUAUGCCAAAGAAUGAUUAGGCUUUAUUUCGUACCAGCACAAAGCAUUAGUAUUGAUUCUACGUUGGCUACUAGUUAACGUCCCUCUAGUGACUUCGGUCGCAGCAAAUUACCACCCCGAAGGCACUGCGUCUGGGUACGUUAUUGUAUAACUACUGGUACUGUUAUGUACCACAGUCGGCAUUUUCUGCAAACUGAGGUUUGUGCCUCAAAACCAUCAAGUAAGUAGUAUCCAACGUAGGUCAAUUUAAUCCAUACAUCCAUAAAAUUUGUAUUUAGAAUUUAAAAUGUAUGGACUGAUUACUAAGUACAUAAAAGUAGUUUUAUUUCUAUGCGCAUAACAAAAAACUUUGUUUAACUAUUUGAAAAUUCUCUAUUAAUUUCGUAAGAUUGUACACUUCUUUUGAAACUGUUUCACAAAUCUUAAAAAAAAACUUAAUCUAGAAUUUAGAUACGAAGUUUCUCAGUCUGUAAGGAUCCUUAACACUUCGAAAAGGCUGAAGAACCGAAAUGUUAAUUAGUAUUGAAAGAUGGAAUUUCAUUUGAAGUCGGGUGCACACCGAGCUACGUUACCUCAGAUAAAAAACUUUAACCAGCUUCUGUAUUGCGCAAUUUUAAAAUUAUUGUCGCAGUUGCUAACCCGGUGUUUAUAAAUUCCGAUCUGUGUUCAACCAGAGUGCAUUACAUUCAUCUUUAACAACCCAUAUUCGGCUCACUGUUGAGCACGAAUAUCCUCUCAAUGAGAAGGUUAAGCUAGUAGUCAACCAUGGCGGCCCAAUGCAGAUUGGCAGACUUUACACCCAGAGAAUUUUAGAAUAUUCUCAGGUAUGCAGGUAUCCUCACGAUAUUUUUCCUUUACCGUUUGAGACACGUGAUAUUUAAUUAAUAUGCACAUAACUCAAAAGUUGGAAAUAGAUUACAUCACAGAACAUAUUAAGGUAUGAGUUAUCUUGAUCUCGCCUCAUCAUUACCAGCUUUAAGUUAAGAUGGUGGGCUUAAAUCACAAUAUUUUGUAAAUUAAGUUUGAAACCAACAUGAUUGCUUAGUGUUGUACUGUAAUAUGUUAAACGCUUUCAAAUUAUGGAUACAACUACGAGUAAGGAAUAAAUAUAUCCACCGAUCUGACGACGAAGCCACAAGGAAAGGGACAAUCUAUAUCUAUACUAAUAUAUAAAGCUGAAGAGUUUGUUUGUUUGUUUGAUUGAUUGAACGCGCUAAUCUCAGGAACUACUGGUCCGAUUUGAAAAAUUCUUUCAGUGUUAGAUAGCCCAUUUAUCGAGGAAGGCUACAGGCAAUAUUAUCCCCCUUUUACUACAGUAACGGGAACCACGCGAGUAAAACCGCUCGGCGUCAGCUAGUCAUACAUAAGCUGCCACACAGAGAGUUGUACAUAUUUUACCUAUUUUAUUGUUUAACUACCCCCCGCGAUGCCUGUCUUUCUUUCAAUUUCUAAGUAAAAUAACAAUUCUUAAUUUGAAUUUAUAAAUGCUUUAGAAAAUCUUGUAUAUCGUUUUAUUGAGUACUAGCUGACGCCGCGCGGUUUCAACCACGUGGUUAUUGUUCCCGUAGGAAUACGGGGAUAAUAUACAGCCUUCCUCGAUAAAUGGGCUAUCUUACACUGAAAGUAUUUUUCAAAUCAGACCAGUAGUUUCUGAGAUUAGCGCGUUCAACCAAACACAAACAAACAAGCAAACUCUUUAGCUUUAUAUAUUAGUAUAGAUAGAUAGAUAUAGAUUGGUGGUUGGCUUAGUUAAAAUUGCCAUACUACCCUCAGCUGUCAGCUAACUUGUGGUUAUCAUCAAACUCGACAUGGUUUAUAGCAGUGGCAUGCAUAAAGUUUUUAACUAGGGUAAGCAAUAUACGAAAAUAUUAUACAAAAUGGAAAACUCCUUCUUCUAUACAGUUUUGUAACGACCCCAUAGGGUAGGCAGUGCAUGUAUGAAGUGCACGCCACUGGGUUUUAUGAACAUCGGGUAUUUAAAGUUUACCUAAACAAGGAAAGCUGCUACGUUUGUUCCGCGAUGCUACGAGCUUGGUGUGCCCCGGCUAUUAUAAUUGAAAUUAAUAAGAAAAUCUGAAAAUUGUAAAAUAGAGCCAAAACCUGUUAACCUUAGCGUAACGAUUACUGAAUAUGUGUAUUUUUUACAAUGUAAAUUAUUCUGAUUUCAAUAAUAAAACAUAAUAAUACA